UUUAAAACACUUGGUAAACUACGACCCUCGUGUGUAUCUAAGGGAAAAUUAAUUAUACUAGAACUAUCUUCUUCCGGUGUUUUUUCUGUACUUUGCGAUUGCUUCCAAGAAUCAGAAUCAGAUGAACUUUGCUCGUCAUUAUUAGAAGAGAUAAUGGAAUCGUCAGCAUUUUGUGGACCUUCAAGAUAUAAACAGUAUUUAUUUAAAGUAUGGUAUACACAUUAUAUUCGUAGAAAGAACUUAAUCAUUUUAAAACACACUGCAAUAUAAAUUAAAGUAAUUAUGAAAAAUUACAACUAUAUAACUUACUCCUGGCAAAGCUGAAAAAUUUGGAAAAAAGUGAGGCAACAACAGGUUGACUUUCCUCUGGACUCAACGGGGCAAAUUCUGUCAACUUUGACGAACAGAUGACACACCUUCCCACAUCGUGAUUUCGAAAAUAUUUGGAAACAUUUUCUUCAACACAUUGUAUGACAGUAACGCACAUACGUAACCUGUUUCGAUAAGUGUAUACACAAUCAAUUUAAUUUAAUUAUUUUAAUCGUGAAAGAAUAUCUUUUAUUUUUAAUUAUCAAGGAAUGUAUAAUGGUUGUCGAAUAACCUCGUAAAACAUUUAUGAUUAUAUCAUAAUAAGAAAUGAGAUAAAUUUAUUAUAUGAUUUGUAUGUGUUAAAUAUAGUUAAGAAAUGGAAGAUUUACAGAAAUUAGAGGAGGAAGCUAAGGUAAGAGGUACACAACAUGUAACAAAUAUGUUGCAGAGACCUGGGCAAUUAGAAAAAAUUGAAGCGUAUAAACGUAGAAUAAGCAGAAAAAAAGCUUCUGUAGAAACUAUGCUUAAAAGUGCAAUGCAAAGUCAAUUAGAUGGUAUUAGAGUUGGUUUUGAACAAUUGCAAAGUUCUCUUGAAAGUAUAACUACUAUAAAAGAAGAAUUAAUGGAGAUAGAAAAAUUGUUUAGUAUCGUACCAGAACUUAGUACUAAGUUGCAACCAGUUCAAGAUGAAAAUAUGCGUCAUUCUCAAUAUGUAACUGCUAAGGAAAAUUUGAAACAUAUAUUUACGGUACCUGAAAGCGUGGAGAAGACUAAACAAUGGAUAAAUGAAGAUACCAUUAUGCUAAAGGCUUACUUCGAGGAUGUAGAAAUAUUAUCACAAUUAAUGGAAAAACAAAUCAGACUUGUUUUAAGCCGUACUUUAAAUACGGUAAGAAAAGAACCAACUGUUAUAGUAACCGCGUUAAGGAUCAUAGAGAGGGAAGAGAAAGCAGAUCAUUUUGCAAUUCAAAGGCACAGACAAAGUGGUUUUAUGCCACCUGGAAGACCAAAAUGUUGGAAAAAUAUGGCAAUGAAAAUAUUGGAGAAGUCAGUAGCAAAUAGAAUCGAAGGUACUCAUGUUGAGGAAAGAGCUGAUAAUAAAAUGUGGUUGGUAAGGUAUUUAGAACUCACUAGACUUUUAAUUCUUGAAGAUCUGAGAGUAGUUAAAACACUUUGCGGCCCGUGCUUUCCACCAUGGUGGAACAUUGUAAAUACAUUUGUAAAAAUGUAUCAUACUAGUUUAUCCCAACAUUUAAAAGAUAUAAUUACUAGCGGUUUAGAAGGAAACGAGUAUGUAUCUUUGUUGGCUUGGAUUAUGAAUACAUAUACAGGACCGGAAUUAAUGAAACAUCAAGAAUUAAAUAUAGAUCCAAGAGAUAUUGGACCUUUGUUAAGUUCUGAAAUGAUAAAUGAUCUACAACAGAGAUAUUUGAAAAAUAUGUGUCAAAAUUAUGAAGAUUGGAUGAAAAAGACUUUAGAAACGGAAAAAGUUGAUUGGUGGAGUGGAGUUCUACCAGAAAGUAGCACCGAAGAAGCUUAUUAUCAUACUGCUGCACCAGUUAUUAUAUAUCAAAUGAUCGACCAAAAUCUUCAAGUUACAAAAACGAUUAGUUCUAAUUUAACAGCUCAAGCUUUGAUCCUUUGCAUAGAACAAGUUACUAAAUAUGGUUUCAUGUAUCGACAGGCAAUAUUAGAAUUUAAAAGUAAACAUUUUGAAGACAGAAGUCGCGUACCUUACUUUACUCAUCAUAUGAUUACUAUUGUUAAUAAUUGUCUACAGUUUACAGAAUUGGCUCAACAAAUAAAACAGAUCUAUUGGGUUCCUAAUACAAGUGGUGAUGCCACUGUAAAGUUUGAAAACCUUUUAGCUCAUUAUCAACAACUUAGAAACGAAGCAGCUGCUAUUUUAUUGGAGGAAUCCUUUCUUGAUUUAGAACUUCAUUUUCAAGAUUUGAUUACAUCAAAGUGGUUGCAAUCGUCUAUUCCAAUUGCAACCAUAUGCGUUACCCUAGAGGAUUACUUUCAAGAUUAUAAUCAUCUUAGUUCAAAAAACUUUGAGUAUGUUAUAAUGGAAGCGCAAAAUCUUAUAGCAAAGCGUUAUAUAUCAGCCAUGUUCCAACGAAAAAUAUCCUUUAAGACCUACGACGAAUGUUUAACUUGUACUUCAAAGAUAAUAACGGAAGCUGAUAAAUUAAAAAAUUUCUUUGUUAAAAUAGCACCUAAAGUAGGUAAUUACAAUUCACCUUUUGAGAUAAUCAAACGUCUUGCUGAGGUAUUGCGUUGUGAAGAUUCAGAAAUUCUUUCUCUUGAUUUACAUUCAUUAGUGGAGAAAUAUCCUGAUAUGACGGAAGAUCAUUUAGUCAGAUUACUUAGCCUUAGAGGAGAUAUUCCACGAGGUGAAGCUAGAGAGAAGGUGUCUUAUAUCUUAGAGGCUCAACGCAAUCGAAAGACAUCACAAACUAUAACCAAUAGUAUAUUUAAGCAAAUAAUGAUACAAGACAGCUUCCUUAGUUGGAAACCUUGAAACUGCAAAGAUAUGUUUAGAUCAAACGCAAUAUAAAUUUUUUUAAAUGUAAAGCAUAGUAAACUCAGCAUAAAAAUUUAAGUUAAUACUUAAAUUACUAUUAUACUGAUUCGCGGUAGUGCAUAAAAAAGAAAAGAAAAACAAAUUUGCUAUUUUGUUGUCCACAUUAAUCGCUUGUAUAUGAUUUGCUUUUGUAUAAGUGAAGAAAAUAGAAAUUUAAAAAUCCUAUUUAAGAAGAUGGUAUAAUAAUGAUCGUGAAGUUAGAUUAUAUUUGUUAUGUAAUAAUAUUAAUAAUAAUAAUAAUAAUUUGCUUCGCGUUACUUAGUGCAAUCUCGCGAAAUUUUAUUGACUUGCCAUCUACCUCACAAUGACUGAUGUAGCUUCAAUAAUAAUAAUAAUAAUAAUAAUAAUAAUAAUAAUAAUAAUAAUAAUAAUAAUAAUAACGAUAAUAUAAUGAAUACUAAUAAAUUCCACUGCCUUUGUACAAGAUUUGUAACAUAAAUAUGUAUAUUAUAUAUUGGUAGAUAAAUGUGAUUAAACGUGAAAUCGAUACAAAAGGAAAUAUUGAACAGAGGAAAUAUUGAAUAGAGGAAAUUUUUAGUUAACUAAGAAGCCAUUGUACUUUAACCCCUAAUAGAAAAAAUUUAUAUUAUUCAAUAUAAUUGUAUAUGUGCGAUGCCGUUAAGUUUUGUUUAUAUCUAUUUAUUGCAGCAUGUAUAAACAAAAUAAUUAUAAUUCAAGAAAUAAUAUAUAUUUUUAUUUAUACUGUA